CACAAACUCGCCGACUACGGGGAUCAACGUUUGCGAACCAACGCCCGCGUUUCAGGGUGGACAGACGUGGGGCCUGCAGGCCGCGGCCAGCCCCAGGCGGGACGGAAGGAAGCGCCGGUGGGCAGCGGACUCAUUGGGCAAAGCUGGGCUAUGUUGUUUGCCAGUGGAGGCUUCAAGGUGAAACUCUAUGAUAUUGAGCCACAGCAGGUAACAAAUGCCUUGGAAAAGAUCAGAAAAGAGAUGAAGUUUCUGGAGCAGUCAGGUUCUCUGAAAGGUUCCCUGAGUGCUGAAGAGCAGGGGUCACUCAUCAGUGGUUGUUUGACUAUUCAAGCAGCGGCAGAGGGCGCCAUGCACAUUCAGGAAUGUGUUCCAGAAAACCUGGAGCUGAAGAAGAAGAUUUUUGCUCAGUUAGAUCAAAUCAUCGAUGAUAAGGUUGUCUUGAGCAGCUCCACGUCUUGCCUCCUGCCUUCCAGCUUGUUUGCUGGCCUGGUGCACACGAAGCAGUGCAUUGUGGCCCAUCCCGUAAAUCCACCAUAUCAUGUGCCAUUGGUUGAGCUGGUCCCACACCCGGAGACGGCCCCUGCGACAGUGGACAGAACCUACGCCCUGAUGCGGAAGAUUGGGCAGUCCCCAGUCAGAGUCAUGAAGGAGAUUGAUGGCUUUGCCCUGAAUCGCCUCCAGUACGCCGUCAUCAGUGAGGCCUGGCGGCUCGUGGAG